CGAAUGACUUCCUUAUUCCUGCAUACGUUCCACACGUUUUUCCAGAAAUAAAAGUUAGCUCGAUUUUCAAACAAUGCCGAAAGCCAAAAAGAAAAGUAAAAGAAACAAGUUUGAUUACAGUAAAGAUAGAAAGAAACUGAAAAAGCAGUUUAAGAAAAGAGAAGCCCCUAGAAUUGAGUGUCCUCAGAUCCGAAAUGCCUGGAGUGACAAGAAGUCUGUGGCAAGGAACUUGCGAGACAUGGGUCUGGCAUUUGACCCUAACCGUGCCCUCCCAAUUAAGACACUGACUUUUGCUGCUGUGGAGAAAACUGAAGAAGCUCCCACCCUCAAAUUUGUAAGGAAGCCAUACGUUCUCAAUGAACUUGUGGCAGAGGCCAAUCUCCCAGAGAAAGACACAAAGACCUUAUCCACAGACUUGAUCGAGUACGUGCAGUACAUGAUCAGGGAACACAGCGAGAACUACAAGGCUAUGGCCAGAGAUGAGAAGAACUAUUACCAGGACACGCCCUCACAGAUCAGGAGGAAAGUGGACCAGUAUAAACGCUGCCAUCCAGAGAAUUACAACACCUUUGUGGAGUUUCUCAAAGGACCACCACAGGAAGUUGUGAAUCCAGUCUGAGAAGGCGAUGCAGCUCAGCCUUGGCCUGUGGGAGACGUUUUCUGUCAGAGGAGUCAACCACGUACACCAGGACAUGCGUCUUCCUCAUGUACUCGGUCCAGUACGUACGCAAAUCCUCACCCCCUCCAACUAGAAUACAGCAGACAGAGGUAGGCUGGUUAUUUGAGUGUUGCUAGGCAAAAAGGUAGAUGUAUGAACUUGUGUUGUAUACCUUGUUUGUCACAGUACAAAGGGGCUCAAUGAAUUAUUACACUGAAGAAAAAGUAAAUGGUGUGUGUUGUUGUCCAAACAUGUAUGACUGAAUCUAAGCAAAGGCACAUGAUUAUAAUGCUUUUGGUAAGGCCACUAGUAUUUCAAGGGCCAAACUGAUAGCUUACAAUGUGACAUAUUUUAAGGUCAUAGAACAGCCUUAAAGCACUCUGCAUGGAGUCUUACAGGCCAGUUGAAUUGCCCUGCAAGCAUUUGCAGAAUUCUGGUGGUGUGCAAACUGCACAGCUUACUCUCAAGGAAAUCCAGCUGACAGGCAGGGGCACUGAGGCUCAUAAAGUUGAAGCCCCUGGUGGGGCGGCAGUUCCCUCUCUUGCCCCCGUCUCCAGCUGUUAGCCCCUGCAGGAUACUGCUCUUCCCAGCACCGUCUAGGCCAAGGACGAGCACCUGGCGCUUUCCACGCUCCUCCUGCUCCUACUCAACACACACAGCAGGAGGUCAUCAGAACACCUGUUCUCUCAACAUCAGCAACAUGAAAUUACCUUAGCCCAUUUUACUUUUUUCUCAAGUUACAGGUAUAGAUAAUUGUUACUCCUGUAAAGUGACGAACUGCAAUAUGUUUUGUUUACAUACAACAGCAUUUUCACCAUCUAUCCCUGUAGGAUUAACAGUGCACUAUAGAUAAUGCUGCAGUAUUUCACAAUCACUUGCAUUUUUGUGUGUAAAGCAGCUAGCAGCCUCUGUGACCCCCAAAUCCCCAAUAAGCUGUCUACUUGGCCCACAAUAACUGCAUAAGCUCUUUGACCACUAUGUAAUGUUGUAAUGAAACAUAAUCUUAGUUUCUACAAAUGUUAGUUAAAUCAGCUCAAAACCAUCUCAUUGGUUUGUGAGUGGCACUCUAUAGGCGAGUGACACAGUAACUGUAGCCUUAUAUUGUCUCCUUGAUUUAAUCAAUACCUUUGAAGCUCCUGAAAAUCUUAUUCGUCAAUUUCAGGUAAUGUCCUAUGGCCCUAUAGGCUAUAUUCAGAGGAAAUGUUUCUAUAGGCAAUUAUUAUUAUGAUAGUGAUACUACUUUGGAAUGAUUUGAAUAUAUAAAACAACAAU